CUUUCUUCUCCCUGCAAGAAGAGUACAAAGGUGAAGCAGGAGCAGCAGCAGCAAUAAAGAAACAGAAUGAAUGCGAAGGGCACGGCUAUAGUCGUGGCUGUGAUAGUCUGUGCUACGAUUGUUGAAGGUUUUCCUAUGUUUAAAGGGGGACGAUGUCUUUGCAUAGGCCCUGGAGCAAAAGCAGUGAAAUUGACAGAUAUUGAGAAAGCCUCUAUCAUCUACCCAAGUAACAGCUGUGACAAAAUUGAAGUGAUUAUUACCUUGAAAGCACAUAAAGGACAACAAUGUCUGAACCCCAGAUCAAAGCAAGCAAGCUUUAUAAUCAAGCAAGCUGAAAGAAAGAAUUUAAAACAUCGAAACAAAUGAAGUUUUGGAAAAGAGGAUUUGAUAAACUAGAACAAGUUUAAUUUUGACUACUGAAAUGAUAAGAAUUCUGCAAUAGAAAUCUGACUUCCUCUUGCCUAUUGCAACGUACAUUCAUGCAUUUCUACGUUAGAGAACCUCUGAGGAGAUUUGAUUUGUGUGACUAUUUUUCCUGUGACUGUAAAAACUUUUCUAUUUCUAAAAGGCAUCUGUGUGCACUUGAGUUAUAGUUCAUAUCACUAACUAUGGUUACAAUUGAGACAUUAAUUACUAGAGACAAGCCCUUAGGAAUCAAAAGCAUCCAUGUGUGUAGUAAAACAUUUCUCCAAUAUUUUUUCAUAUAAUUUAUACAUUUCUUUCUCCAAAUAUCAUGUAACACAUAAGUAUCUAGGAAAAAACUUCUUUUUUGGUGGGGAAGUACUAGGGAUUGAACUCAGGGGCACUCGACCAACAAACCACAUCCCCAGCCGUAUUUUGUAUUUUAUUUAGAGACAGGGUCUCACUGAGUUGCU